CAAGGUUCAAAUAUUAAUGAUAUGAUUGAAUGCACUCUAGGUUGGCGUCUGAAAAGAACAGCUGAGGCUAUGGUGCAAGUUGAUUUGAGUGAAGCUCAUCUCGGUCACCCUCCUUCCAUUUACGAGGACGAGAUCUUUGGAUUGAGUUUCUCUUCUCUCCUCCUUAUCUUAGGGUGUCCCGGUCUUCCUGACAGUGAUGCGGUCUAUCCCAAGGUAGCUCCUACGUUCUUAACAUAUACGCAUCAGCUCGAAGUGCUGAUUCCAGGAUUUUGCCGCUCCAGCAGCUUCAAAACUGCAGCCGUACUUACGGGAGGUUCUAGGACUCAUACCACGGCUUCGUACUGUUUUUGUAGCACCUCCAGUCCCAUUACCUUGAGCCUGGCGUCCUCGCACGGCCCGAUGUCGUCGAUCCGGCUUUCAAGUCAUCUCAACGACUCCGCAUUUGUACACCUGAUUACCGCGGUCCCUGCCCUCAGAAAAAUGCCGUCAAAUGUUUGCAAGGAACGCUCCUGGAUCUCCUUAAUGAUCGUCUCCCUCAGCUGCUCAGCAGUUAGCACCGCAAAGAGAAACCCCUCCGCAACGCAAUUAUCUUCGUCAGGGAGUCCACGGGAUCCGUGUAAGCAAGGGUCUCCUGGACCCUUUGUUUUUUUUUCACUCCUGCUAAUUAUGGAAUUUUUUUAGGGCCCUUCCGGCGCUUGUUAUCAAUGUUUCUCUGAGCCCCCUCAGAGUCAAUGUUUGGAAAGUUGUCGAGGUCCUUGAAGUACCCUAAGGAAGCCCGGCCUGAGCCUCUUCCCUUUGCUUCUGAGCUCUCCUCUUGUUGACUCCAGACCGUUUUUUCUUGGGAAGACUCGCUUCCUUUGUCGACCCAUCCUUUGCAGUUUUGGUGCUUUCCGUGCCAUUAGGGGCCCGUUCAGCACCAGACACUCCUCUUAUCACUCCAGAGUUCUCAAACAAAACCUCCAUGGGAGUCCGACAAUUUUUAAAAAUGAGAGAACAAUUCAUACAGUUCCCACAUGCAGGGAAAGUGUGGUCCACGCAGAACUCCGCAUGCGUAAGUAAGGCUAGAUACUCUGGGAUUUCGCCCGGUUCCUCAGAAGCAUCGUUUAAGACUGCUCCCUCAGUAUCACGCAGCCCUCGGCACAAUAGCUCCCAGCUUGACUUAAGAAGUUUGUCCAUGGCAGCGGCUUUCCCUACCAUUGGGCAGCCGGAUUUACGCCAGCCGGACUCGGUUAUAGCUAUUACUACCUGGGCGGUCCACUCCAGCAUACAGAGUUUAGACCUGGGCCAGAGUUUCCCACCCGAACGUCCUUCUAUUCGUCACCUAGACGCGUCUGAUAGCCUCAACCCACAGGAAUGAUAAUGUAACGAUAUGAAACUGAUUAAGAGUUACAAAAUAGAUCUAUUAAUUUGUUAAUAUAUUUUGUGCAAUUAAUAAAUUAUAAAUUAAAUUCAAUUUGAAUCAAAAACAAGCAGUCCACCUAUACCUAUCUUGUUAAAAACUUUUUUAAUGAUUAAUGUAGUCUAAUUUUAGUCUGUUUAGUUUUUUAGUUUAGUUCUAAUGUACAAUAUAUGUUUUAAAAACAAUUUUUUAAUUGUUAAAUGAUUAUAUUAAUAAAAUAGACGAUUGGAAAAACUUAUGUCAUUGUUGUUUUGAUGUUUUAAUGUCAGCUACAAGAAUGUGGAAUAAAAGUAGAGAUUCUUAAUAUUACAAUUAAAAUAAAACUAUAUGUAUGGAAUCUUGUAUUAGACAAAUAAAUAAAUAGAAAAGAUGCUAUUAAAGCCAAA